AUGCAUCAAGAGGCUGACGCGUCUCCCAAAAUCGAGAAAAACAAAUUCGAAGCGUCGAUCAAUGAACUCAAGAAGAAAAGUUUUGUAUCAGCCACAGAUGUCGCGAAUUAUGGCGAAGCAAGCGUGACGUUAGAAUGCUUAAGGGCCCAUCGUUGCUCCUUGGAUAAGCCCGAAGAGUUUUGGAAAGACGUCGGCAAUGAGCUCGAGUGGACAAAACCCUGGGAUAGAGUUCUGGAUAACAGUAAUCCUCCUUUUACUAAAUGGUGGGUUGGUGGAGAGAUGUCAGUUUGUCACAAUGCAGUGGAUCGCCACGUGGCUGCUGGAAAGGGAGACCAAGUCGCUUUGGUGCACGAUUCACCUCUUACGGACACAGUCAGGAAAAUAACCUACUCCGAACUUCAGGACCAAGUGUCACGUAUUGCUAGCAAACUGUCAGCGAUAGGCGUAACAAGAGGAUCUCGGGUACUUAUAUAUAUGCCGCUAAUUCCAGAAGCUAUUAUCGCCAUGUUAGCAACAAACAGGAUAGGUGCCAUUCAUUCUGUCGUAUUUGGAGGAUUCGCGGCACGGGAACUCAGAACUAGAAUCGAACAUGCGGAGCCCGUAGUUAUUAUAGCUGCUAGUUGUGGUGUUGAACCAAAUAAAAUAGUAAGGUACAAAGAAAUAUUAGACGAAGCACUGUGUCAAAGUUCACAUCAACCAAAGACGUGUAUUAUCUAUCAACGUCGACGCGUUUUAGAGUGCUCCUUGGAAGAGGAUCGUGAUAUAUCCUGGGAGGUGGCAUUGGAAUCAGACCCUGUGCCCUGUGUAUCGGUGGAAGCAAACGAACCUCUUUACAUAUUAUACACGUCAGGUACUACCGAUGCACCCAAAGGAGUUCAACGACCGUGUGGUCAUGCCGCGACCUUGUGCUGGUCCAUGCAUGCCGUAUACGGUCUCAAAAAAGGCGUCUGGUGGGCCGCCUCAGAUUUAGGGUGGGUCGUGGGGCAUUCUUACAUAUGCUACGGCCCAUUGCUGGCGGGUCUCACAUCCAUAUUAUAUGAAGGCAAACCUGAUCGGACGCCAGACCCAGGACAGUAUUUUAGAAUAAUUGAACAACACAGAGUCAACGCCCUAUUUACUAUACCAACUGCAUUCCGUGUGCUAAAGAGAGCUGAUCCAUCAGCCAAAUAUGCGAGGAGAUAUUGCGGUAAAUCCCUUAAGACAGUAUUCAUGGCUGGUGAACACUGUGAUCAAGAUACUAGACUGUGGGCUGAACGCAUAUUUGGAGUUCCAGUGUUAAAUCAUUGGUGGCAAACUGAAACUGGUUCAGCUAUCACUGCCGCAUGCUUAGGUUAUGGAGUGAAGGCAGUUCCACCUCAUUCUGCAGGCUACCCAGUUCCUGGAUAUGAUAUCCGAACUUUACGGGAAGAUGGCACCGAAUGUGUUGCUGGAGAAGUUGGUAGACUGGUCGCUAAGCUUCCCUUACCACCUGGCUUUGCGUCGACGUUGUGGCAAUCGGAUGACCGAUUCAAAACGACAUACUUCGAGUCUUAUCCUGGCUAUUACGAUACCCAAGAUGCGGGCUGGAUUAGUGCCGAAGGUGCAGUGUGGGUGGUUGCCAGAGCUGAUGACGUAAUAAAUGUCGCUGGUCACCGCCUAUCAACAGCAGCCCUUGAAGAUGUUGUUUUAAAGCACGCGAGAGUGGCUGAUGCGGUUGUCGUUGGCGCUCCUGAUCCCACCAAGGGAGAUGUUCCACUUUGUUUGUAUGUGAUGAGACCUCCACAAGAUGAUGAAGAGAUAGUUGCCGAGAGCACUGUUACCCAAGAACUUAUUGCGUUGGUGCGCCAUCUCAUUGGCCCUAUUGCAGCAUUCAGAAAGGCGGUCGCCGUCCCAGCUUUGCCACGAACACGGUCGGGAAAAGCCCUGCGCGGUGCUAUUGCCAAACUGGCGAGAUCCCAACAAGUGAAAUUACCCGCUACAAUUGAAGAUCCUACAGUUUUUGGCGAAAUUAAAACGGCAUUGCAAAAGUUUGGAUACGCCAUCGACGCUCCUGACCCCGAUUUCUAG